AUGCUUUCAGCUACAGACGUCCUGAAGAAAGUUAAGCAAGAGAUGGGGGGACUCAACGACAGGACAAGAGUACUUCCAAUAGCUGGUGAUAUCGUCAUUGCCGUAAUGGGAGUGACGGGAGUUGGCAAAAGCACGUUUGUCAAUCACUUCUCGAAUGAGUCGGCGAUCGUGGGCCAUGGCUUGGAAGCUUGCACUGCGAACGUGGAGAUAUAUCCAUCUACACUUCCUGACGGAACCAAACUAUUCUUGGUGGACACCCCAGGCUUCGAUGACACCUACAAAUCGGACACCGUAAUCUUGAGGGAAAUAGCGAGCUGGUUGAGCACCGCUCACGAAGAGAAGAUCAAGCUUGCAGGUAUUGUCUACUUGCAUCGAAUCCUCGACGUCCGUGUGGGGGGUGCUGCAAUGCAAAACCUGCGCAUGUUCAAAGCACUCUGCGGCAACGACAGUCUCGAAGCGGUUGUACUUGCCACUACUCGCUGGCAUAACGUCACCUUGGAUGAAGGAAUUGAAAGGGAACAGCAGCUCUGCGACAGUCCGAACAUGUGGAAACAAAUGAUCGAUCAUGGCAGCAAAGUCAUGAGACAGGACAGAGAUGAAGCAUCAGCACGUGAGAUCCUGGAGUAUCUCAUAAAACGCAAAAAACCUGUUACACUGGAUAUCCAGGUCGAACUUGUUGACAACAAGAAGAACUUGAAUGAAACAGGAGCCGGACAGGAACUGCACGCUGAACUUGAGAAGCAAAAGAAACACUACGAAAAGCAACUCGCGACGCUGCGUAAAGAAAUGGGAGAUGCCAUGGUAAAGAUGGACAAAGACAUGAAGAAGGAGUUCCAAGUUGAAAAGGAUGAGAUAAAACGUCGGCUCCGAGAGGCCAGAGAGCAUGACCGCCAGCUACAGAUUGGUCGAGAAGAACUCAGGCGACAGAUGGCACUAGAAGCACAGAAGGAAAGGAACACGUUACUAGAACAAUUGCGACAGCAGGAAAGAUUACUUGCGAGGGAAGAGAAUCGCCUGGAACAGCAAAAAGAGCGACACAAGUACCAGUUGCAGACGAACAAGAUGACGACAUAUCUACAACAGCAGGAGAAAGAGAAUGCGAAACUUCGACGAAGGAUAAACAACGCUAGGCUUGACUGUGUUAUCAUGUAG